AUGAAGCGAAUUCCCGAAAUUGUGGAAGAAGGAGACAAGCUCCCCGGUGGUGCGAGGCGUCCGCCUGGUGAGGCAGGUGAGGUAAGAGCACAACGUCAGCAAGGGAUCGUCGCCGCCGCAGGCGGGAGAGAGGAUGGUGGAAAUUUCCUUUCCUGUUUGCUGAGGUUUAGGCAAAUCCUUUUCCUCAAAUCCCAUCCUGACACGGCUCUUGCAGCAGAUGUUGCAGCGGUCGAAGGGUCAGGAAGGCCUGGAGGGGAGAGUUGGGAGACGAUACAUUACUGCCGUACUCACAAUCCUGCCAGCCACCGAGAGAUUGAUCCCGAGAACACUGCGACUUUAGGAACGCCAACUGGUGGUAGCAGGCGUAGGCGUAGUCCCGCAGCUGGCAGAGGAGGCACGCAGGGCAGGGGGAAUAAUAAAAAGCAUAAUUCUCUUGGUCCUUGA